AUUCUCAAACAGAUUAUAGUGUAACGACAACGCCGUGGGGUCUGUAACGACUAACGCAAGCGUGGGUCUGAAACGAAAAGAAACUGGGAAAUCGCGAUUUUAUAUUAACGGCGAAACAGCAAGCUAGCUAGAUGGUUAGCUAGGCAUACGUGACAUCUCCAGUAUGCUUUAGAGGGAAUCGCUUAAUCGGACAGCUCAGUAGCCGUUUGAUAGUGAGUUGAUACGAAUCGACAUUAAAUUACAGGAUAGCGAUUUAGCUUAUUGGGUAUAUUUACUUAAAAUAAAGGAAUUUUUCUUCAACGUUGCAUGGAUAGGUACAGUUCGACCAGAUGCGGUAGUUUCAAUGAUCAUAGCAGAUUUGGUAGGGAAGGCUGGGUUGAAUGACCAACAAGGGAACGUCCAAAAACUGCGUCCAAUGUUUCUUUAACAAGGUGUCUUUGACAUUGCUAGCGAAUUUAUGGAAAAUAUGAGUUAAUAUAUUUAACGGAAUCUCCGAUGUAUUCCCACUGGCAUGUGCGGUUCAAAAAUAUGCUUGGGGAAAAGUGGGGCUAAACAGUGAAGUGGCUAAACUUGUUCUUGGAGGGGACCCACUGGCUGUAAUUGAAGAUGACCAACCAUACGCUGAGCUGUGGAUGGGUGCUCACCCCAAAGGAGAUGCUCUCAUCAAAGACAAUAGGAUAUCACAGCGGACACUGGGCCAGUGGAUAGCAGAUUAUCCUGGAUGCUUGGGGUCAAAGGUCAAAGACACCUUCCAAGGCCAGCUGCCCUUUCUCUUCAAGGUCCUUUCUGUAAACAAUGCACUUUCCAUCCAGGCCCAUCCUAACAGGGACUUGGCAGCCAGGCUACACGCUCAGUUUCCUGAGCACUACCCUGACAGUAACCACAAGCCUGAGAUGGCCAUUGCUCUGACACCCUUUGAAGGUCUGUGUGGCUUCCGACCUGUUGAAGAGAUCAUAGGAUUUCUGAAAUCCGUGCCGGAGUUCCACGCCCUGGUGGGCAACGCGGCGGCGGAGGAGCUGCAGAGCAGCAUGGGGGACGCGGGCCGCCAGUCGCUCGCCCUCAAAAAGUGCUUCACCAGGAUGAUGAACUGCGAGAAGAAAGUGUUUGUGGACCAGCUCAACAUGCUGGUGAAGAGGGUGUCUGAGGAAGGGGCUGCAGGGAAGGACACAUCAAGCAGUAAUGGUGAACUGUUGCUACGGCUACACUCACAGUUUCCUGGUGACAUCGGGUGCUUCUCCAUCUACUUCCUGAACCGCGUGAUGCUUCAGCCGGGGGAGGCCAUGUUCCUGGGUGCCAAUGAACCACAUGCCUACCUAUUUGGAGACUGCAUUGAAUGCAUGGCCUGCUCGGACAACACAGUGCGCGCGGGCCUGACUCCCAAGUUCAUCGAUGUCAGCACGCUAUGCGAGAUGCUCAACUACAGCCCCGCCCCUGCUAGCAGCAAAAUCUUUCCCUCUGUCCAGGACCCAUCGGACCCCUGCGUCUUCCUGUAUGACCCCCCCGUACCAGACUUCACUGUCAUGAGGAUAGAGGUGCCUGGCUCGGUGAAGCAGUACACGGUGGCUCCAGUGGACUGUGCCGGCAUCCUGCUGGUGGUGCAGGGUGAGGCCACCGCCACCACGGCCGGUUCCCUCUCCGACAUGGCUCUGAGGCGGGGCUCAGUGCUCUUCAUCUCGGCCAAUGAGAGCGUGGCCCUGCACAUCACCUCUCCCUCUGGCAUGACGCUGUUCCGAGCCUGCUGCCUCUUAUAGCGCCCUGUCAUCUGUGCUACCACUCUGUCCAGUACCCAGAAUGCCCCUGGCUUCCGUUCAGAAAGGAGAGCAUAAGGCCAGGCAACCUGGGCUUUUAAACAUCACACUAUGGUCAUUACAGAGUGUAUUCCACAUAUGUUACAAAAUUACAUAUUACACAGAUACACACACCCAGACAGACAUGCGCACACACACACACACACAUACAUAAAUACAUAUGCACGCACAUUCAGUUUUUCAGUGUGAACUUGCUGUGAUUCAUCCGGUCCUUAGGGUUAUGUUUGCUAGGGAUUCAGCUAUGUGAGCACGAAAGCUGUAUUCUGAGAUUUUCUUAGUAUAGCAUUGUUCCUCGUACAUCUCUCUGUAUAGGUGCUUAGAACAAGGUAUUCCUGAUUGACCAGCAUUUCUUCUCAACCCCCCACCCCCCCUUCCCCCUCCCCACAAAGAGGAGGCUGGGGGUAAAGACAUUUCCAUUCACUGUACAGGAAUGAAUGACAAAAACCCUCACAUACUUCCUUUCUCUGCCUGAUAAUGACUUGUGGAAAUACCAAGAUAAGCGCUCAUAGUUGGCAUUAUUUAUGGUUCACCCAGUGGUCAUGUGCCUGUGCAUGCUUACACACUGAUAUCCAACACACUGAUGGUCAACAGUAUGCUGCAAAUACAUAAGAUUAUUUUUGAAAUGUAACUGCUGUGAAAUGUACAGGUUAAUUAAGUGCUUCCUUCUCGUUCAAGUACAACAUACAAAUCUUAAUUUACCCUAUCAAAUUAACGGCAUUCAUUCGGUUUUCCAGCUUGUUUUUCAGCACAUAUUUGUGUUUUAUUAAAUGUUAACAUCAGGUGUAUGGCAUAAAGAAGGAUGUACAAACACUGGUUAUUGAGUUCGUCACACUGUGUAUAUAGGACUUGUGAUUAGUUCAGAAAUAAAUAUCCUUGAAUUUUCCUGGUGGACGAGUUGCGAGGCAUUAAACACACUCAUUCUGUCAUACUGUGUAAAUGAGGGAAAAGCGUUCUCCAGCUUUCUCUGGAUUAUCACAGAGAAAUGGUGAAAUGAAGAAAUGUUAAAUGCAGUUCUCUGAGCUUUCCGUUAUGAUGGCUUUGGCUUAUGUUUUUAGAACUGUGAAUUUUAUUAAUCCUGAAACAUGUCCUGAAGUUAACAAGCUUUUUUGGACUCAUGACGUUUCUGAAGUUUCCACAGAGCAGUUGUGGGGUUGAGCGAGUACUGUUGUGUUUUAAUGAAAUGAAGUUUACAGUGAUAACACUUGGAACAUGACAUUUAACACAGAUAAUUUCCCAAAGUGUCCACACAUUUCCAUAAGAAGACUGAAUGAAUCCAUCUCAUUAUUUUAUCCAUUCAAUGUUACUGAGUAUUUUUUCCAACCUAUAGAUGCGUUACUUUGAGAUAAUUUGCACUAGAGCACUAAAGUAUAUAGAUGACUUGAGGAUAUGUUAUCCCCAUCCCUAAUCAGUUAAUUGAGCACAAUGCGUGAGAGACUUGAUGUCCGUUGUGUUGAAAAAAAUACCCCUGAGGUUUGAAUGAUGGCAUUUGACCAUGUGAGAAUGCAUACGUCUGCACAGGUACUGAAUAAGGAAAUGCAUCGUUGGAAUGAGUCUGCAUUUUUGAGUAUAGCAUGGGUCUGUGAAGAGAACAUAUGUAAUGUAAUGCAGUGAAUCCAAAUAAACAUCCUUACACUAAUA